UCGAGCGUACCUCCGCAAGGGAAGGUCAUGUCGCUAUGUCGGACGAACGCGACUCUCCGUCGCAUAGCGGUCUCCGCGACCGCGUCAGUUUCUUCGAAAGAGUCUGGUCUGGUCGAUCCAAGAACGACUCGGUCGAUGCAACAUCAGAUGUAGAUGAAAUAGAACGUAAGAUAGAACAGCGUAAAAGGCAUCCCGAAUCGCCGAAGUUUGAAGUUAAGUUGAAACAUACCCGCGACACACAGUCGCCGUCGAGGAGUUUCGAAACUCCUUUCCCAAAUUUAAAGUUGAGACAUGUGGAACACGAGGAGGCGGUUAAGCAGCGCCCGGUCGAGGAGGGUGACCUGGGAGCCGGUGUCCGCUUCGUCAAGUUCGAACGUGUGACCGUGAAAAGAACUCUCGCGGAGAGUCAGGCGGAGGAUCGUCCUGACUCUCCGCAAAGCGAGUGGUACUCCGAGUACAAACACCAUACCUUACACACUGCACCUAGAAAGGAUUAUCUACGCAGUAAAUCGGAAUAUGAUUCCCACAUUGCAGAAAUACGAGAUGAACAGGAAAGAGUACAGAAGAAGACAUUCGUCAAUUGGAUAAAUUCGCACUUAUCAAAGCGCAUACCUCCCUUACGGAUCGACGACCUGAUUUACGACCUACGAGAUGGAACGAAGCUCCUCGCUUUACUUGAAGUAUUGUCUGGCGAGAAAUUGCCAAUGGAACGCGGUCGUGUAUUACGGCGUCCUCACUUCUUGUCGAACGCAAACACAGCACUCCGCUUCUUAGCAGGAAAACGUAUCAAGUUGGUUAACAUCAACGCAGCCGAUCUUGUCGAUGGAAGGCCCGCUGUCGUUCUGGGUCUCAUCUGGACCAUCAUCCUUUACUUCCAGAUCGAAGAAAAUAGCCGAGCACUCGAAUACCUUGGCGGAUCGCGAUGUGCAUCGGUUAUGUCCCAGGAGUCUGGAGCAGCAACUCCGACACAUAGGGCUGAAGAUAGGUGGAAACAAGGUGCCAAGAAAACACUACUACAAUGGGUGGCGAACGCUCUGCCAAAGGACUCUAAUAUCCAAGUGACAGAUUUCGGCCCAUCUUGGCGCGAUGGUAUCGCGUUCCUCGCAAUAAUCGACGCCAUCAAGGCUAACUUGAUCAAUCUCGCGGAGAUGAGAAGGAAAACAAAUCGUCAACGUCUUGAACACGCAUUUGAUGUAGCCGAAACAGAACUGGGCAUCGCAAAAUUGUUGGACGCUGAGGACGUAGACGUAGAGAAACCGGAUGAGAGAUCCAUAAUGACAUAUGUGGCGCAAUUUCUGCACAAAUAUCCUGAACCUAAGACAACAGGACCAGAUGCAGUCGCAGCGGUACAGGAAGAAUACGAGAUGCUGAGGAGUUGGCUUACAGAGCGCGUCUCCGUCGUGCAACGGCAGUACGACACUCGGACACUAUCGCGACACUACGAGGACUACGUCCGCGCCGAAAACGAACGCCUCGCCAGGGAACCGAUAUACCAGAAACUAGAGAAACUUAUGUAUACUCAAAGCCUGGUCGCUAUUGCACCGAAAUCUUGGAGAGAGCUUGUCGAUCUGUGGAUCGAACUCGAGAGGCUUCAUCGGAAAUGGCUCUGGCUUUUGGACUCCGACCUACCUGGUGAUUUUCAACUGGUUGGAGAAUGGAUGGCGAGAGCCGAAUAUUUGUUGUACUUCGAUGAAAUACCCACAACUUUAGAUGAUAGAACUGCAGCCAUCAUUAGCGAAAAGUUGGAGGAACAUACUACAUUCUUCGCUGACCUGCCGAAUAUAAUUGACAGAUUCCAGGCAGCUAUGAGGUCGCCGGAUGCAGCUCAAAUACCUCCUGAAAGACUUCAGGAAAUGAAAGAUCGCUUGCAAGCAAUCGAUCGCAGAGCUCCGCAAAGGAAGGCCAGAUUAAAAUAUCUGGAACAUAAGUGCUGUAUUGUCGCAUUCACUGAGCUAACUAAGGCCAAGUUAGCUACGUGGACAGGCAAAUAUGGCCGCAUCGAUCACGCACGUGCCUUAUUAGAAGAUUAUGACAAUUUUGUUACGAAAAAUAAAAUUUUCCAAGAAUUUGAUAGAGCAUAUAUUGAUAUAAAGCAAGUAGCAGAGGAAUAUAAGAGGGUCUGCGAGGUAGACAGGACAGAGGCAAGAGAAAUUGACGUGUUCUUGAGAGAUGUUUCAGAGAAUUGGAGAAGAGUGGCGUCAGAUGUGAGAUGUGUAAAAAGUGUGCUAGAGGAGGUAAUCGCACAUUGGGAAAGAUGGACAACAUUAGCUGACCAAUUUACGCAAUGGUUGGACAGAGCUCAGCAUAUGCUGCGGGUAUCUGAAGACGAGAGGUUAGAGUUCUUCCAAGAUUUGACUGUUUGGAAAGAAAAACAUCAAUUAUUAGGUGACGCUGCUGGCUUCUUAGCGGCCACUUGCUCAGAAGAUAUAACAUCUGAAAUUAAGAGGAAAUACGUGGAAAUUACAGAGCGUUGGGAACGCAUAUGGGAAGAAGCCGAGCGCUAUGUCCGAGGUGGUGACGCUCUCCGUCAUAGACGAGAAUUGGCUCAAGGAAUACAAAAACUAGACGCUUGGUUAUUAGGUGCUGAGAAUUUACUAUCUCGGCAGCCGCGUGCUACAACAGCCGAUAUUCAAGCUUACAUUGACCAAUUACUGCAAUUAAAUUCUGAAAUUGAACAAAAUGAAGAAUUGUUUAAAUCUAUAAGCAGAACGUUCCAAGCCGCAAUCGCGGAGCUUCCUCGUGAUGAAGUCGAGGCACACAUGGCAAAGCUUAAGGCUCAAAAGGAGGCACUCGUCCGAACACGGGCUGCGGUACCCGUUCGGUUACACGCCUUCAGGCAACUGUUAGUGCAACAUGACUCGCUGGAGAGUGGUCAGCGUGAGAUAAGCCAGUGGCUGGACCGCGCAGAGGAUGCACUGCGUACUACGACAGACACAAGACGCGAGGUGAUAGAAGAGCGCUACGAGAUUCAUCGCAGUUUCUUCUCCCGGACCACAUACUAUCGCUCCAUGCUGGAAAGCAAGAACAAGGUGUUCCAGAACAUCGUAAAGUCAGCUGAUAGUGAUCGUAGCGCGGAUGUCAGUGACCAGAUACGACUCAUGAAGGACCUCAACGAUAGAUUCGCUCAUGUAUCAUCAGAAGCGACUAAAAAGGAGGCUGAAUUACAACGUCUUGUACGCGCCUGGGAUGAUUUUGAAACCAAGAAGAGAACAGUUGAGGAAUGGGCGUCUAGAGCAGAAGCCUUACUUGCUGACAACAGAGUCGACUCUAAACAGGCUGUAGACUUUCACAAGCGUUUCUUCCAAGGAGCUGAUGAAAGGGCUGUAUCUGAACUAGUUCGAUCUGGAAGAGAGCUGAUUGAGCUUAUCAAUGAAGAAGAUAGGCCAAAAGUAGUACAAACUGUAGAGGAAUUACAAAGAAGAUGGAAAGAACUUCUCGACAGGGCACCGCCACACCUCAUGCGUUUGGAAUUCAGGCUUGAUGAGGCGGUAUUCCAUCACUGCAUUAAGGAUAUCGAAAAGGAAAUCGUUUAUGAAGAACAGGCAUACAAUCAAAGCGACAACGCUGACGGCAUCCUAAUCCGAAAUGAAGAGUAUUUCCGGAACCAAGGAAAAAUUAUGCAAGUGGAACAAUGCUUACAGAAUCUAAAGAAAAUUACAACUAGCUACACUCAGCAAACUCAAGAUAGAGCAUUAGAAGAUGCCCUAAUAAAAUGUGAACAGGAAUGGGAGUCCACGGUCCAUAGAGUUGAGAACUUCAGACAACAGCUUCAAAGAAUUCCUGCAAAAUGGGAUGCGUAUAAAGAAAAAUUCAGAGAAAUGGAGAAAUGGAUGGACCAUGUGGACAAGACUAUGGACAGUAUUGUGAGAGAAGUUGACUCUGCAGAGGCAUUUGAGAAGGAAAAAACAAUCUUCCAGAAUAUCUGCCGUGAAGCCGAUCACAAACGAGAAGACAUGAAAUGGCUUGUUCAAACAUUAGAUAUGCUUUCUAACCACUGUUCAGACACUGAAGCUCAAGAAGAACAACUUAAAUUGGAAAAUCUUAUCGCUAGAUAUAAGAAUCUUAUACCAACUAUAGAGAUUACCAUGAUUAAGACAGAAACGUAUACUAGAUGUUACACUUAUCGUCGAGAAGUGCACGAAGUAAUAUGUAUACUCGAAGGGGCAAAAGAAAGGGCAAAGGUUGAACCAGAUCUACAUUCCCUUCAACAUGUUGAGCAACUUGUGCUUGAGCAACAAGCAGCCGUACAACAGCUUGACCAUCAACGUCCCUCUGUAAUGUCAAUGCUUCACCGAGGCAAAGAACUCAUUAAAGAUGCUAAUGCACCUGCCUUUGUUAGAGAAGAUGUAAGAAAUCUCGAAAGUGGCUGGAACACAGCAUAUGAAUCAAACACAGACCGCUUACAUAAACUUCAAGAUACACAUAAGGUUUGGUCUAACUAUGAAUAUCAAAAAGAGGAAUUGCUUUCUGAUAUUAACAAAAUCGAGAGCUAUGUUGCUCACCCAGGUUUGGAGCUUGGAAUUUCUAACGUCAACCGAGAACUUCAAGAAACAAAGGCUAUCAAUAUAGAUUUGGAGAAAGCUAAGGCAGAAAAACUUCCUCAGCUCCAACAGACCUAUGCAGAAUUAAAAACAUUAACUGCAAAUAAACCAAAACCAGUCUUAGAAAAGGAUAUAGAAAUUAUUGAACGUAAAUUAGGAAAAAUUCAAGAUGAAGUUCAGAAUAAAGUUCAACAUUUGGAGAAAUUUAAUGAAGAGUGGGUAAAAGUUGAACAUAAAUUAGAACAUGUACGUGAAUGGAUUAAGAAAGAAAGUCCAAAACUAAUAUCGCAAGUUCAAUCUGAAAACAUUACACCUGAAGAACGCGUAGAAAAAUCACAAGGACUACAGAAAGUUAUAGCAGAAAAACUACAAAUUGUCAGGAACGUGGCAGACCAAGGAACUAAGUUAGCAGUAGAGCAUCGCAUGCAAGACGCUAACAAAUUGAAGGGUGAGGUAGCUUUACUUGAAAAAAUGAUGGCAGACUUGCAAAGAUCGAUAGAACAUCAGACAAAAGUUGUAGAACACGAUCUUGCUAGUUGGCAGAAGUAUCAAAAAGGUGUUGCCGAAAUCAAACCUUGGAUAGAAGAAGCUGAAAUUAAGUUGGGUAAUAUUCCAAAACCCACUACAUUACCCGAAGCUCAACAAUUGCAGCAACAAUCACGCGCCAUGAUCACUGAUUGUGAAAAACAGUUAAUGAAUUUACAGAUUUUAUCUAGUGUCAGUCACCAAUUAUCCGGAAAAACUAGUGCGCCAGACGAGGUAGAUGCAAUUCAUUCAAGAUGGGCUGUUGUACACGAUUUGGCUGAUCAAUGGAAUAAUAAACUUGAUAAAUUAGUUACAAACUGGGAGAACUUUGAAAAAGAAGCAGAAAAACUAGAAACUUGGAUCGAAAAUGGGACAAAACUCCUUAACGGUCGAGUGAUUAAUAUCGAAACACCUCAAGUAGAAAAACUUGACAGAGAGCUUAACAAACUUAAAUCGUUUGGUAACGAAAUUUCUCAACAACAGGCUAAAAUUAUAACUCUCUCUCAAAUAUGUGACAGUAUUUGCCAUGGUGUUCAGCCUGAAGGAGCUGCUUUUUUGAAAAACAAAGUGACAGAUAUAAAAGAACGAACAAAUGCACUUGCUGAUGUAGUAAGGACAAAAGUUAAUGAAUUAUCUGACAAAAUUAUCGUUCGACAAGAAUUCUUUACCAAGCUUCAUAAUUUUGAAAAUUGGGUCGCUGACUUUAGAAGAAAAACUGUAAGUUAUGACCAAGUUAGUGCUGACAAGGUAGAACCAACAUUGCAAUCUAUGCAUGUGCUGCUACAAGAACAUGCGGCUAAAUUUCCAGAACUAACCGAGAUAUACAAUGAAAUUGCAAGUAUGACUCUUGCCUCUCACCCAGAGGAGACACGUUCAUUAAGUGACACGUAUUCCAAUAUUAGUGAACAAUAUCAAGUGAUUGAAUUAAAUAUACAACAAAACAAAGGUAUCUUACAACAGUGGUCUGAGCUUCUUAACUGGUAUGAGGACAAUAAGAAUCAACUAAACUAUAUCCAGUACCAAAUCGAAGGUCCCAAAUUAUCACCAGAAAGCUAUGAGAUUUUACGUCAAGAGCUUACUAACAUUAUUACGAAACUACAAGAUUGGAAGAGUAAUGUGGCUUUGUUAGAUGGUCCGUCAAAGAUUAAAGUAACAGAUAAAAAUACGGGUAGAAUAAUACCUCCUAACAGCUUAGUUAAGGAAAUAGAAGUAAAAGCGAACUCAUUAUUAAACCUAGUAACAUCAAAACGCGACUUAGCCGAAAAAGUUGAGGAUAGAUGGCAUAAAUUUCUCGUACAAAAGAAGGCUGUCAAUGAAGUAUUACACAACGUACAAAAUGUUUUAAGCGAGAUGCCGCAGCAACCCGUUCCCUUAACAGAAUCAACUAUUCGAGAUAUGACUGAAAAAUUAGAUAGCCUUGAUAAUGAAUUAAAAGAAAAGCAAUCUGUUAGAAAAGAGUUAAGAGAAGAAGGAUUGCAUUUGAUGAGAGAAGAUCAAGCUAAUAUGGGUACAAUUCAAAAUGACCUCACUGUUGCUGACAAUAGCUGGGAUCAAAUAGUAAAUUCUGUACGUGAUACUAAAAAUAAGUAUGUACUUUUAUCAUCUACUUUACAAGAACUUAAGAACUUUACAGUUGCGUUUGAUAGAGAAAUGAAAAGAGCAGAACAAUUAUAUAAUGAAUGCAAAGAAACACCAAAUGAUUAUAUACAAACUGCUCAAUUCUUAGACAAGGCAAAGAAAUCAUAUGAAAUUUUGAAACGAUCAAAAGGAUUAUUAGACCAAAUGGAUGUUAUUAAGCAGUCAGUGCUAAAACAAGCAUCUACUUUAGGUGGAUUUGACACAAGUCCUUUAGAAGAUGCAUUUUUGAACUCCCAAACACAUUGGGAGAAGGUCAACGAUGCUACUAUCAAAAGAAUUCAAGACUUAGAAUCGCAGCUUUUGGUAUGGAGACAAAUUGAUGAUACUAAAAAUCAAGUUGUUACUUGGCUAAGUGAAACAGGACAAAAUCUCGCAAAUGCUUGUGACAAUUUAGAAAUCAGAUUUGGACAAAAUCAUCUUAUGAAAUAUAAAGAAGAACUGCCACUUUAUUUAGGUCUUAAAAAUAGUAUUAAAGCCAAAUGCGAACAAAUUACCAAUUUAAACAAAAAUAUUCCACUGGAACAAGUAACUUCAAUAGUUGACUACUUAGAUAAUGAAUUUGAUGCAUUGCAGACAUUAGCGAGUAAUUUAGAAAGUGCAGUAUCGUCCUUAGAAACUAAAGAGAACGAAUUGAAAGAUCAAAUUAAACGUCUUUCGGAUAAAAUAAGUCACAUUCGUGAUGACAUCAUAAAAUGCGACGAUAUGUCAGGUGACAAUGCUAAAAUACUUGAUCGCCUAAAAAAAUGCCAAUCAUGUAAAGUCGAUUUACAAAACCUGAGUGAUGAGAUUGAUAACCUUACUCAGAAUGUAUCCGAAAUGAAUGCUAACUACCCGGGAUUUUACGAGUCUCUUGUUCCUAAAGAAUUGAGUACUUUACAAAAAAGAUUUGAAAGUGUCCUGAUUCAUGCAAACAAAACUGAAACAACCUUGCUUACAUUCCUUCAAAAGUUGUUUACUGAUAAAUUGAGUAUGUUUAAUAGGAAUUUAAAAAUAUUAGACGACAAAACUAGAUGGUGCAUGCCAGAUGUUAAUAGUGAUAAAUAUAAUCUGGAAGUUAAAAAUGCUGCACUUAUUGACGUAGAAAAUGGAAUUUCUGAUUGUAAAAAGAAAGUAAACGAGCUUGAAGAAGCUUCAGAGAUAUUACGCAUCGUAGCUGAACCAGCUAGUGCACAAGAAGCUGCGUUACAAACGGAAAAAGCUAAAAAGAACUUAGAUGUACUUACAGGAAAUUACGAAGAGAUUAAAAAACGAGUACAGGAGAAUAUCGAGGCAUGGCAAGAAUAUGAAACUCUCUUAGAAAACGUUUCAGAAUGGCUUAAAGUUAAAGAAAAUAGAGUAAGACAAGAAGCUGCAAGUCUUGUUGACGUAAGUGACAUUGAUGCAAAAAUUUCUGAAAUUGAGAAACUAAAUGAUGAAAUUAAGGACUACGGGAGUGAAGUUAAUAAACUAACAGAAAUAGGUGAGCAAGUGCUAUCGCGUAACCCAGACUCGCGUAUUUCUCAAUACAUUAAUCAUUUAGAAACAAGAUAUCAAACAGUCGGGAAAUUUCUGUCAAAUCAAUUAAAUAGAUUGAGAGAUCUUAAGAAUAACAAGGGCAAAUAUGAUAAAUCUAUUGCAGACUUUAAGACUUGGCUACAAGACACAAAUGCAAAGAUUGCAGAUAUAGCAGCAAUGAGCAAAUUUGCAAAACCAACAGCUGCUGAUUUAGAUCAAAUAAAGAAAUUGAAUGAUAAUAAGGAAGUUGGUCAAAAACUACUUAACAGCGCUAUCGAGUCAGGUGAAGCGUUGUUCAGCGGCGUUACUCCAGAAACCCGAGAACAAAUAAGAAACGAAUUAAGAACUUUAAGAGAUUACUUUGAAGACUCAGUUGAUUCGCUUAAUAACGUGAUAAAGGAUAUUGAAACUACUAUCAAUAAGAGAUCAUCAUUUGAUGAUACAUUUAAUCAAGUACAAAAAUGGAUCGGUGACAAAGAAACUGAAUUAGGUGAAUUUAAAUUGUCUCCAAAUCUUCCAGAAAAGAAAGCUCAACUUCAUACUACUAAAAUUCUACAUCAAGAUGUGGAAUUGCAUCAAUCUAUGCUAUCGCAACUCACCGAUAAACUAAAACUUAUGCCUGAUGAAGAUGCCGAAAAAAGUCUUAGUGUUAUAAUUGACAGAUAUAAGAAUAUGUCGUCAGAACUCAGCAAAAGAAUCAUUGCUUACGAAUCACAUGUUGCAGAUCACGAAAAAUACGUCCAAAUGUUUGAAAAUAUUCGUGACCGGUUGAAUCAUAUUAUUGCUGAAAAUAGCUUAGUAAGCUAUGCAGUUGUGUCUCAAAAAGAAGAUGUUGAUUCCAAAAUUAUAGCAAUAGAAAAGGUCACAUCAAAGGCUCCAGAAAUUAACAGCACCUUGGAUGAAGUAAAAUCACAAUUGCACACAGUUUUGGAAAACACCAGUCCUAAUGGACACCCAGUACUUAUAAGUGAAUUUGAACAAUUAAAAAUAACAUGGGAACAAUUUGCAAAACAAUGUAACGAUUAUGAUAAAAAACUUAAAGAUACCAUUAAACAGUGGAAUGAUAGUCAAAAAGCUUUAGAUGAACUCGAUGAAUGGCUCAAAGUUAAAGAAAAUCAAAUAAGAGACCAAAGUCUUAAGAGCAAUCUCGAGUCGAAAACAGCACACUUACAAAAAGUAAAAGAAAUACAAAAAGAACUUAGUUCUAAAAAGGCUGAGUUUGCUGCUUUAACAGAAAAACAAAAUUUAAGUAGUGAGUCAGAUCUAAUUACAAAAACUUCAAAAUUAGCAACACGGUAUCAUACAUUAAACAACCAGGUUAAUGAAAUCAUUUCCAAAUAUGAAGUAUUUGUCUCUGAACAUCAAACAUUCGAAAGUGAAUAUAGUAAUAUGGAAGCUUGGCUAACAGAAAUGUUAGGUGAACUACAAGACUUAAAUGAAAUCGUAGGGGACUAUGCUGUCUUGCAAGAAAAACAAAAUAAAGCAAAAGAACUGUAUGAAACAAGAAACAAAAAAACACCAGUUUUUGAAGAAUUCUUGAGUUUAGGAGAGAAACUAUAUACUCAUACAAGUCCUGAUGGUAGAGAAAUUAUUAGACAAAAAAUCCGUAAGAUAAGAACAUUAUGGGACAGCUUUGGUGACAGUUUCCAAGAUACUGUUAACAAGUUGGACCAAUGUCUGCUGCAAUUUUCUGACUUUUCUCUUGCUCAAGAACAAUUAACUAAAUGGUUGAAAGACGUUGAGAAAGCAAUGCAGCGCCAUACAGAAUUAAAAACAUCAAUAGAAGAAAAGAAGGCUCAACUUUUGAAUCAUAAAAUAUUACAUCAAGAAAUUAUGUCGCAUGUACAACUGGUUGAGUCUGUAUGUGAUAAAGCUCAGCAACUGGUUGAUCAAACACAUGACGCUUCUUUAAAUAUUUAUUUGCAGUCUAUCAAACAAUUAUUCCAAAACAUAGUGACAAAGUCACAAAAUCUCCAAGAUAAUUUAGAGGAGUGUGUUAAAAGGCAUGAAGAUCUUGUACGCCUUCUUCAACAAUUUAAGGAAUGGCUUGGGUCUCAAUCAGAAAAACUACUCGACAUAGAAAACGCUGUUGGAGAAAAACCAGAAAUAGUUAGAAAACUACAAUCUGCGGUUGCUAUGAAAGAUAUAGAGAAAGUUGGGUCAAGUAAGUUAGAUGAAAUAAGAUCUAUAUUUUCGACAGUAAGCAAAAGCACGUCUGAAGCUGGGAAUGAAGCUAUUCAAGCAGAGAUCAAUAAUCUACACGAACAACUAACUAAAGCAGUUAAUAGUAUAGGUAUAUCAGAACAAAAGUUAAAACAUACUUUAGAAAUUUGGAACAAAUUCGAUUCUUCUAUUGAAUUAAUAAAUGGGUGGCUUAAAGAUAUGGAGUCGAAAUGUCGUGACCAAGUUCUAUGCUCAACACUAUCUGAAAAAGAGGCUCAGUUACAGAGAUAUGUCGAUUUACGUAAUGAAAUUCACGGAAAAGAAAAAGAAAUAGACGCGUUUGUGGAUGAAUCCCAUAGUCUUAUCUUAAUGAGCGGUGUUGAAAGAUUAAAACCACUAGUGAUUCAAGUAAGUAGUCGGUAUCAACAAUUACAUUUAAUAUCUAAGGACAUUGUUAAUCACUGGUUAGAACUAGUGUCUGACCAUAAAAAAUAUGACCAACUUAGAAAUGAACUUGACGCAUGGCUAAAACCUCUAGAAGAACAGUUAUCACAAAUGACAAUGAAGGAAGACAAACUUAGCAUUGAAAGUAAGGGGAAUAAAUUACAAGUAUUUUUAUUGGAAAGAGAAAAUGGAGAACAUAAGAUGAGCAUUUUAACAACAGCGGGUGAUAAAGUUUUACCUGAAACUGCUGCGAACGGCAGAGAAAAUAUACGAUCUGAAAUAAGAGAUUUGAGAGAGAGAUGGGACAAACUAAUUGACAGCAUUUCACAACAGCAAAAAGAAUAUGAAUCGCAAACGUUACAAUGGUCUAGUUUUCAGGACGUACUACAACAAACAUUAUCGUGGUUAGACGAAAAAGAAAAAGUAUUAGAAAGUGAAGAAAAGGUUGUUUUGAAUUCACCUCAAGAAAUUAAGUCAAGGUUGCUAAAAAAUAAAACUUUGCUACAAGAAAUUUACUCACAUAAGAGAGUUAUUGAAACUGUCACAGAGAAAGCUAAAAGCGUAGCUGCUAGUAUUCAUUCUGGUAAAGAAGAGAAUAAUGAUAUGGCAGAAAUUAUUAAAUCUGUUUGGGAUAGAUACAAUGCUUUAACAAAUAGAUUAUCGUCAGUUAUAGAUAAGCAUGAAAAUGCAUUCGAAAUAUACCAACAAUUUGCUGAUCAGCAAAAAUCUCUUCAAGAUUAUCAAAAGCAUUUAUGGGAUCGUCUACAUUUACUAUCUGACUUUACUGGUAACAAAGCAGCUUUACAAAGUAAAUUAGUUAAAAUACAAGAACUUUUGGAUGCGAUACCAAAUGGAACAAAUAAGCUAAAAAUAUUAUCUGAUCUUAUUGAUAAUAACACAUCAAAACUUUCCCCUCGUGGCAAAGAGGGUAUGUCAAGAGAAUUAGGAUUAUUGAAAGCUGAUUUGGAAAAGUUUACUACAACUGUACACGAUGUAAAACGAGGCAUAGAAGAGAAAAUACAGCAAUGGAUAGAAUUUGAUGCUGCAAAUGAUCGUUUGCAACACUGGUUAAGUGACACUGAAAUGAGUUUAAAGACUUAUACCCCUAAAGCUACAUUGGAAGAAAAGAUUGACCAACUCAACAAAUAUCAGGCAAUCUUAGCAAACUUAAAGAAAACAGAAAAUGAUGUCGAUAAACUUACCGAUGAGUUCAGUGAUCUAAUUGAAAACUGCAACGACACAAGAAUUACAAUGAAUUUACAGCAAAUGACAUCCCGCUUCCAAUCUGUACACUCCACGGCUAAUGAAUUAGUCAAAAAAUGCCAACAAGCAGUCAAUGACCACAAUGCAUAUCAAGACAAAUAUAAUCAAUGUAUUGAUUGGAUUAAAACGGCACAACAUAAAUUUGAUGAAUGCCAACAAAAUGCAUCGAAUACUCCAGAAGGUAUUAAUGCUAAACGAGAAAGCUUAAAUGAUUUGUUGAGUCAACGCCGCAACGCUACUCUUCUAGUUAAUAACACUUUUGAACUAGGAGAAAAAUUAUAUCCGUCAACUUCACCUGAAGGAAAAGAGUUGAUCGAACAACAACUUCAGGACAUGCAGCAAGCAGUAGACAAUUUGUAUGACAGUAUCACUAAAGCUGAACGUGAUUUAGAUUCAGAACUCAACAAAUGGUCGUCAUUUGAUGAAAAUCUUAAAGCAGUUAAUGAAUGGCUAUUAUUAGCCGAGAAGAACCUUCCUAAGGAAAUCGAACUUAAAGCUACCCUAGAUGAAAAGCGUAAUCAACUUAAUGUGUACAGAAAUUAUCUUCAAGAUGCUAUUGCUCAUCAGCAAGAUAUUUCUGAUCUGGAAAUGCGUGCACAAAGUUUACCUGAUGUAAAUAAAAACAUUACGAAAGAAAUAAAUCAACUCAAACAUAGGCAUGAAAAUAUUCUUGCUCGAGCGAAAGGUUUCGUAGAUCAAUAUGAAGCAAUUGUUAAUAAUCAUCAACAAUAUAGUAAAGCUGUUAUGGACUUACAAGAAUGGGUUGAAGCUACUCAUAAUACAGCUCAACUGUGGGGUGAUCCUAAUUUGGAGCGUGUGGCAUUAAGCAGUAAUUGUGAAAAAUUAAAAUCAUUGCAAGUAAAUUUACCUGAAGAAAAGAAUCGUAUCGAUAAGAUACGUUCUUUAGGCGAAAAAGUUAUUCCGGGAACCAUAAGCAGCGGUCAAACAAAUAUAAGGAAUCAAAUUGAUGCAUCUCAUCAAGAAUGGGAAGGAUUAGUAUCCUUUAUUAAUAAAACUAUUGAAUCAUUAGAAAAUAAGAUCCAGCAAUGGAAUGAAUACGAAAAUAUGAAAGAUCAAUGUUUAGCUUGGAUUAGAAAUACUGACAAUCAAAUUCAUGCAGUUGACUUAAAAGCAACUUUGCCUGAAAAACAAGAGCAGUAUAACGUAUUCCAAGAAUUACAAGGAGAGGUAAGAGCGAAGGAACUUGAGAUCGAUAAUAUUACAGAAAAAGCACAACAUCUUUACACAGGAAUAUUAGGACCUCGAGGUUCGCAAAUUUCUGAUUUGACUGUUAAAUAUCAAACUUUGUCUCAGAAAGUUAAAGAUUUAACGAAUAGGUGGCAACAAUACGUAAAGACUCACCAAGAAUUUACUAGUAAUGUCGCUGAAUGUUCUCAGUGGAUCGAAGAAUUACGAGACAAACUUGAUUUCUGUGCUGAUUUAAGCUCAUGUUCACAAGAUGAUUUGGAAACUAAAUUAGUUCUAAUUCAAAACCUGCUUCUUGCUAAAGACGAAGGAUUUACAAAAGUUCAAUCUUUGGUAGAACUUGCACAAAAUGUAAUGGCUAAUACGGCACCAGCUGGGCACGAAGCGAUCAAUAAUUCGUUAGUAGCAUUACAAGAGCAGUGGUCAGCUUUGCUAUCACGUAUGAUUGAAACUAAGAACAUGUUAGAUGAUUCAGUUACUAAAUGGUCUGGGUUCUUGGAACAGAUUCAAUUGAUACAGAAAAGCAGUACCUGGCUCGAGAACAUGUUAGCUGAGCUAACACCGUUUGAAGCAUCUAUGACCGAUAAACGUGCCCAACUUGAAAAACUUAAAGAAGUUGAAGAAAAAGCACGAUGUGACCGUUUAGAAGUUGAUACGCUUAAAGCAAAGGCAGCUGAAAUGUUAGCGAGUGGUCAACAAAAUCAAGCCGCAUCUAAAGCUCAAGAAACAUUGAAUAAAUUUGACUCUUUGUACGACAAAGUCAAAAAACUUCUAGCUGAUCGUGAGGAACAAUACAAAGAUCAUAGAUUAUACAAAGAAGCUCACGAUGAACUUAUUCAGUGGUUAGGCAGAGCUAGAGAAAAAGUACCUUCAUUAAAAUCAAAGCCUUUAAGCGAUAAACUGGCAAUAGAAAACUCAGUUGCCCCUCUUGAAGCCCUAAUAAAUAAACAAGCGCAAGGUGAAUUAUUGUUAGAACAUCUUCAACAUACAGGAGAGGUUGUACUUGCAAGCACAUCGCCAGAAGGACAAACAACUAUUAAAAAUGAGAUGAAAGCUCUUAAAGAAAGCUUUGAUCAUCUGUUUAAUGAAAUUAAGCAACAAAAGAGUCAGUUAGAGGAUACUGUUAACCAGUGGCGAGAAUACAAAGAUGAGUAUGAAAGAUUGUCAGACUGGCUACAGCAGAAAGAAAUUCUCAUAAAGAAUCACAAACUUGCAUUACUAGGAACUGCGAAAGAAAAGGGAGCACAAGUUAAUGAUGUAAAAGAAAUAGUUGAUCAGUUACAAAAAGGCAAAGCUGAUAUCGAUAACUUUAAUGCCUCAGCUUCAGGCCUACUCUCUUCUCAUUUAGAUACAUAUGUCAACAACCAGCUUAGACAUUUAAAUUCCAGGUACCAAGUUUUGGUGAAUAUGGCAAAUGACGUUCUUAAAAAAGUUGAAACAAAUUACGAACAACACAGGAGUUAUGAUGAAAAUUACGAAAAGACAAAGAAAUGGAUAAACGAUGCAUGGGAUAUUACACGCAGUGGAAGUGAAGCAGGUAGUAAUAGUAGUAAGGAGGCCUUACAGAAACGUUUAGAACAAAUUGAAGACUUGUUAAAACGUCGUGAAGAAGGUCAAAAUCUAGUUCACGCUACUGUUAAUAGUGGUGAGAAAGUUCUUAGAAACACGAGGUCAGAUGGUAAAGAUAAAAUAAAUACCGAACUUAAAGAAUUGCAAAAUGAAUGGGAUCGACUAGUAAAGAAGAUGACAACAGCUAAAGUUCAUUUAGAAACUGCCUUACUUCAAUGGGCUGAUUACAGUUCAAGUUACUCUCAAUUACAACAAUGGAUCUCCGACAGAGAAGCAAAAUUACAAGAAGUGUGUGAACAAAAAGUUGCCAAGUCUAAAAAAGGACAGGACCGACUUGCAGGUCUUACAACAGGUUUAAGUCUUGGUGAAAGAAAAGCUACACUUCGUCAAACAAACAAUAUUGUUCAAGAUAUCGUUUCGUUUGAACCUAUGAUACAAUCUGUGACUUCCAAGGCUUCGGAACUCAUGCAACAAGCUCCGGCAUCUGAAAUCACCAGUAAAUAUGAAAGCCUAUCAAAACAAGCUAAAGAUUUAUAUGAAAAACAAAGAGAAACUGUUGAACAACACCAGGCAUUUAUUGAUGCUGGUACAGAUUUCGUCCAAUGGAUAAGGGCAGCUAAAGAAAAACUAGGAAAAUGUUCAGAUGCAACUGGAGAUAAGGAGUCAUUGAGUAGUAAAAUAUCGCAGCUGAAAGUAUUAGAAAGUGAGUUACCAGAGGGACAAGCAAAACUACAAAAAGCUCUAGAGCAGGGAGAAAUUUCCUGUGGACUUGCUGAUGAGGAAGAUAGAGAGGAUAUCGAAGAGGAAGUAGCUCUUAUGCAAGAAGAAUACGAUACCUACGUAGAACAACUGAACAACACUAAAGCUUUGAUCGAAGGUGGUAUCGUGAAAUGGACUGAAUAUGAAGAGCAAUACAAAGAAGCCUUGGAUUGGUUGUCUAAGACUGAGAAAUUGGUGCAAUCCUUUAACAAGCUUCAAAAUAACUUAGAACAAAAGAAAGUUGUACUUGAAGAAUUCCAGGGACACCUCCAAACACUUUUCGAUUGGCAAGCUGAAUUAGACAAGCUUAAUAUGCGUGCGCAAACGUUGCUGGAGACUUGUUCAGAUACAAGAGUAUCAAACGGUGUUACACAAUUAACUACUAAGUAUAAUGCACUGUUAUCGCUGGCAAAGGAGGUGAUGAAGAGACUAGAACUGCAUUAUCAGGAGCACCAGCAACAUAAUGCCCUGUAUGGAGAAUGCCAAGAUUGGCUCGAUAGAACAAGAGAAAAACUUAAUCAAUGUGCAGAAAUACCGAACACCUUGCAAGAGGUCAAUAACAAAUUGAACACGGUCAAAUUACUUCGCCAGUCGCUAGAACAAGGACAGAAUAAGCUUAGGUACCUUCUGGAAUUGAAGGAGAAGGUUAUUAUGAACACUGAACAAGCAGGCGCUGCUAAAAUACAAGAAGAUACCGAUAAUCUCAAACAAGAGUUCGAUAAACUAAUUUCUGAUUUACAAGACGUUCGUAAUAAAUUGACGAGCAGGGCGUCACAAUUUGAUGAUAUUUCAAAGAUUCAUAAGUUGCUAGUAGAGUGGCUUGAUGACAUCGAUCAUAAAAUCCAAUCAGAUGACUCACUUCUAAACGAUCUGUCGGAGAAGAAAGCUAAACUAGAGAAAUUCAAAACCUUCAAUAGAGACAUCGACUCGCACAAGGAUCUUGUGAAUAAACUGAACGAGAAACUUCAAGAAGAUUCUUCAUUGAAAUCUAAAGACAUUGAUGACACAUUGAAACGUUAUGAAGACAUCAAAAAGACGGUCAAUGAUAUGAUAAGUAAACUUGAAGAUUACGUAAACUCCCACAUUCAGUAUAAGGAGUCCUAUGACAAUUUCUAUGACUGGAUCCGUAACUGCAAGAUUGAAAUACAGCAGUGUUCAGACUCUCACGGCGCCAAGGAAGAAGUUCAGAAGAAACUUAAGAAUGUUAACAAGAUUAUUGGAUCAUUACCUAAAGGAGAAGCUUUGCUCCAAAAAGCCAUUCAGUUGAGCGAGGCAGUGCUUGAAACAACUGGAAAUGAAGGCAAAGACAAUAUCAACCAAGAAAUAAAACAACUGAAAAUAGAGUGGGAGAACUUGCAGCAAAUAUGCAAAGAUACAAAGAAACUCUUAGAAAAAUGUUUGGCAGCAUGGUCCGACUUCUUGGAGACGCUAGAUAAAAUGAGCAAGUGGGUUAAAGAUUUUGAUGCAAAAUUAAAAACCGUUGAAAAGGUUGAUAAAAUUACUCCAGAAUAUUUGGACAAGUGUAGGGAUCUGCUCAACCAAGCAUUGGCUAAUAAACACGUUUUGGAAGAACUUAAUGAUAGAUGUGAAAACCUAAUGGAGCUUAGUGCUUGUGCAUGGGUUCGAGAUAAAACUGUGAAUCUUCAAACUGAGUACACUGUUUUACUAACUAAGAUUCAAGGCCUAGUUUCCAACGGCGAAAAGAAUCUUUCAGAUCAUACUGAAUUUAUCAAAGCAAAGGAAGAAUUGCAGCGUUGGUUAGAAACUGCCCACGGAACAGUACACGACUCGAUUGGAGUUGGUGAUAUUGAUACAACGAAAGACAAGUUGGAAACUGUUAAACUUGUCAGUAACAGAAUGACUGAAGGUCACCACUUACUGGUCGUAUUACAAGAGGCCUUUAAGAAGGCUCUUAACAACACUCCACCUGAAGAACAGGAUGGUCUACGCAAUGACGUUAAAGUUCUACAAGAAAGCUGGGAUCAACUUAAGAUUGACUUGAACUCUAUAACCGCUCAGCUUAAAGCUGCAAUUGGCAAAUGGGAAGAUUUCGAAGAUUCUAAAACUAAAAUGAACAAAUGGAUUAAAGACACUGAACAAAAUCUUGAUAAAAUACCUCCCUCUGGCGGUGAAUUAGGUGAAAUGAAGACUUUACUUGAAAAAUAUAAGCAUAUUGAAGACGAAAUUAAAAACAAGGUACCUGAAUUAGAACGGCUUAAAUGUGAAGCCGCCGAACUUGGUAGUUGGGCCAGAAAACCAGCUGUGAAAGAAGCUGUAGCAGAAAUAGAAAAGAAAUGCGAUGCAUUAAAAGCAAAAUGUGCAGCAAAAAAAGCUGAACUGGAAUCAGAAAUUAAAGACUACAAUCAAUAUCAUCAAUCGUUGCAAGACACGGAGAAAUGGCUGUUACAAAUAUCAUUCCAACUUAUGGCCCAUAAUUCACUUUACAUAGCGAAUCGUGAGCAAACAGAAGAACAGUUAGCUCAACACGCUGUAUUACUAGAUGAUAUUCAGAAGUAUCAAUCGACUUUAGACGACUUGGAAGCUAAAGGUCGAGCUCAAAUUGAAAGGUACGAAGCAACAACUCCAUCGAUACGUGAUACUGUUGGAAAGCAACUAAAGAAUGUUAACGAUAGUCACAAGAGUUUACUGGCGACCGCGCUACAGAUUGAGCGUCGUUUGAGAGAGGGUCUUGCUAAAUUUAAGGAAUAUGAAGAUACUUUAGAAAGCAUUCUGAACAAUUUAGAUGAAUGUGAACCUGCCAUUACUGAAUUAGAUGUACCCGUCGAUGGAUUGUCGCACGGACGAGAUCUAUUGGAAAAAGCAAGGGCACUUCACAAUCGACUACAAACAGAAAAGUCUCGACUAUCAGCUGCCGUAGCCGCGUGUUCGGCUGCAGCCGCAUCCGUAUCGCGUCCUUCAUCCCCCGCGGACACCGCACCCCUACCUGUACCACCACGUGAGCUACACGUACGGGCGCGGCUUGAAGACCUCAUCGACCAGAAACAUGUAAGCGAGGUAGGCAGCGCAAGACUUGACACCUUAAUAAAGAGUCUCGAAGCGCCUGAGUUCAGCCAGAAACUCGUGGCUUUCGAGAAAAGGGUACAAAGCCAUCUUGAGACAUUACGGGAUGCAGUUAGUGGAAUGGAAGAUGCCAUGAAACAAGUGCUGGAAAUCCAGGAAUGGAUCAAUGUAAACACUGCUUUAGCAAACGACUGGCUUACUAAUCCUUCCAAAUUGCGUCCUGAAGCCGCUAAACAAGAUAUAGCGGCAAUGAAUGAUGCUUUAGCAUCUCUGGCUGAGAAGAGAAAUAGACUUCUCACCGAGAUUCCUACUGAGGGCUUAGAAGAUGAGAUUAACCUUGAAGAAGAUCUUGACAAUCUAGAAAAGACAAUCCUCAAAGCAAUGGAAAGGGAAAAGAGCAAUCAAGCAAUAAUUGAUGCUUUCCGUAACCAAUGUCAAGAAAUUCAUAACUGGUUUGACUCUGUUCUAAAAAAGAUGUGCUUAGGUGAUAAAGGAUCUGGUUUGCCUUGCCCACAAAAAUUAAACGCUCUUAAAGAAAUGUCAUCAGACUUCGGGCAAGCUGGAAAAGAUAAAGUAGAUAGUAUCAAGACUGUAGGUUCACAAGUUAUAAAUAUCGUAAGCAAUCUGGAAUCGCAGCAAGUAGAAGAACAAAUGAAAUCAGUAGAGCGUCGGUAUAAUGAUAUCGCUAAACGUAUUCAGCGUAAAUUACAAAUGCUUGAAAUUACUUACAAAGCUAUUGAUGGUACAAAGAGUGAAGUAGCUGCACAGAAUGAAUGGAUGCAGAAAGAAAUAGAUAACAUGCUGCAUCCUGAACCUCUCGGAUAUGAUAGCAAGUCUGUGAAAGAAAGACAAAAGAAGGCAGCUAAUUUGCUCAAAGAGACAGAUGGAAAGAAAACUGUCAUUGACUCACUGGAAAAGAAGGUAAGCAAUAUCCAAUCAGAACUUGAACCUUCUGAGCAAAUGCAGUUAGAAUCAGAGUUAUCCGAACUAGCUUCCAAACAAAAGCAGCUUGCUACUCUGAUUAAACAAGAAAUCGAAAGACUUGGUGGAUGUGCUGAUAUAAGGAAGAAAUUAGAAAAUGAUAUUGAGAAAGCUAAAGGUUGGCUUAAGACUAAACUGGCUGAAAUCAAAAAGUUAGGUGGUCCUGUACCUCUAGAAGUAGCAAAGGUAGAGAAAGAAAUUGCUGUUCACAAGAAACAUCAAAGUGAAUUAUCAGACUUCCAUAACGACUCUCUUAGCGAAAUAAUGAGGCAAGGGAAUGCUGUGUCCAAAGACUGCUCAAGUGAAAGUAGGGCUAAGCUUCAAAGUAUAUUAGAUGAUUUAAACAAAUCUUAUACAUCUGCUAAAGUAGACAUUGACGACAAACUCGCGGCAUUAAACAAACUAUUGCAAGGUAGAAAUGAGUUUGAAGCUGACGUGGCUAAAUGCCAGAGCUGGUUGAAUGAGGCUGAAGUAGCAGCAACUCCUGAUUUACGAACCACAAGUUUGCAAUUGUUAGAAGAACAACUGGCUAAGUUUGAAAAACUUAGCAAAGAAGCUGAAGAUGUCGCAAAGAACAUCAAUAAAAUUAAAGAUAAGUCAAAAGAUAUCAUAGACACGUUAUCUGACUCAAACAAAUUGCAACUCAAAGAGCAAGUGAAUGUACUAUCUGACAGGUUUGCGAGAAUAAAUGCCAUUAUAAAUGACAAAAAGAAUAUUCUUUUGAAACACAUUAGGGAAUACAAGGACGCAGCGGCUAAAAUUGCUGCUGCUUUGGAGUUCCUUAAUGAAAUUCAAAAUAAACUAAAGGCAUUAAACAAACCAAUUGGUAGUAAAGUUGAAGAUGUUCAACCAUUGAUUCAGGCCUACGAAUCUAUAUUGGAUGAUCUUAAGAAGAACAAAUCGAUGCUUAAUGAGUUACAAGGUGGCAAUUUGCACGAUCUUCAAGACAUAUUAUCUAAGCAAGACGAACUGAUGAGCACUAUUGAAGAUCAAAUUUCAAAACUUAAGUCACUUCUGCUACUGCGUGAACAAUUCUUUGCCCUAGUAAAAGAAAUCGAGGACUUCAUCUCUAAAUACACUGAUCUAACAUCUGAAAUUGAAAGGUCAAAUGAUACCUUGGAAGACAAAAUUAAACGUUACGAUGACAUCAUUGGUAAAAUCCAAGGUUGUGAAGCCUUGUUAGCAACAGCGACUGACAAGGGACAACAGAUAGCCGCAGAAGGUACAGUUAUUGAUAGGAACAACAUCACUGAACUGCUUCAGUCUCUGAAACAACAACUAUUGACAUUACGAAGAACAGUUGAGGCUAAACGUCAAGAACAUGAAAGGGCUGCGGCGGAACAUAAAAAACUUGCCGCAGAUCUAUCCGAAAUACUGCAAUGGCUUCACGACAAUGAAGCUAUAGUACACUCAAGACCUCUUCUGAACAGAGACGUUGCUAGCGUUGACAAGAAACUUAUCGAGCAUGCAACACUGGCCAAAAAUAUUCAGUCGUAUUUAGAUAAAUUUACAAAAAUAGCUGAUGUCGUUAAAAACGACGAUGGCGUUCCUGGGUCACUAUUAGAAAUGCUCUCUGAUGGCAAUUCUCUCAAAACAUCUCUGCCAGCUGAAUUAGCUAACAGAGAGAAACACUUGCAAGAUAAUAAGAAAUACAGACAACAGUAUCAGCAAAUGGUGGAAAAACUAAAUCUCUGGGUCAACGAAGCGUCCAUUCGAAUCGGAAUGGGUAAAAACGGAACCGACUUUGAAAAUAUUGAAUCCGAUUUAGAGGAACAUAAGACUUUCUUCAAUACUUCAGAGCCAGAAAUGAAAGAUUUGGUUGGAAAGCGAAUGCAGGAUAUAGUGGAUAAAAUCUGGUCAUCCCUUACGCCAUCUGAACAAGAGGAACUAUCCAAGGAACAUCAGAAACAUAACCAGUUGUUGAAGAAUACUCUGAACUCUGCUAAGUCUCGUCAAGCUCAGUUAGAACAGGAUUUGGAGAUUUGGAAGGACUUCUGCCAGCUAGUGGAGAAGAUUAAGGCGAUCUUAAGCAAGAACGAUAUCGAGGAGGAGGCUGUGACGUCAGUGGACGCCCUGAGAAUGUACGUCGAGAAGCUGAACCAUGCCAAGAAUGAUCUAGAGAAUCAACAGCCGCUCCUCGACGUAGUCAGGGAGCGGGCUCGUGAGCUGUGCAGCGGUGCUGACGCCGCUAGCGGUGAACGCGUGGAACAGAAGACUAGGGAUCUCGCUGAUAGAUGGAACGUCGCCUGCGAAGGCUUAGCCAAACGCGUAGCGACAGCAGAUACCCAGCUACAGCGCUGGAAUCAACUUCUGGACACACAGAGAAGUCUAGCCGCUGCUGUUACAGCUGCUAACGAUCGCCUACGACAGCUGGACGCUAGUCCUGCUACUAGGCGUCGUGCUUUAGACACUAGGCAUGCGCUACAGGAACUGCAAAUCGAAGUGUCAAGUCUCGAAGAGACCAAAGACGAUUUACUGGAACACGCGGACUUCGUGUUGUCUCUCCUCAAGCCGCACUCUAAGGACGUAGCCGCUGACACCGAAAGGAAUGUCAAGGAACUCGUUGAGGCCUACGAUAUAUUGCGACAGACUCUUGCGGCGAGACUCGCGGAGAUCGACGAAAUCGUUUCCGAAUUCGAUCGCGUUUCGGAGAAGAUCGAGCAGCUCCGGCAGCAGAUCGAGGUCUACGUAGCCAAAGUUGGAACCUUCUACGUAUUUGGGGAAGACAACGAACCGGAAGUCCGCGACCUAGCCAACCAAGUCUCGGAUUUGGUUCGGAAGACUAAGAGCUUCACCGAAGAGAGCAGGAAGCGUUACGGAGGCUCCGCGCCCCCUGACGCGGGGCAGGAGCUAGCUGCGCUUGAAUUAUCUGCAGAGGCACUAGCCGCUGCCAUGGAGGAGAAAGAAAGGGAAUGGAAGCGCGCACGCACCGCCCGCAGCGAGUACGCUACUGACGUAGACAGCGUACAGGCUUGGGUUCGGAGCGCCGAGAUUACCGCUAGGGAGCGCACGUUACCACCAGAGCCCUAUCGUGAGCGUUUGGUGGCAAAGCGUGCCGAGAUUCCAGCCGUGGCUGACCGCGUGGAGCGCCUGACACGUAACGCGCGAGCCAUUGUUGAGGGCAGCCGUGACCCAGCCGAGCGUCAGCUCAUCCAGUCCACAGUGACGGCGCUCACAGACCAGUUUGCAGCGGUGUGCAGUGAACUCGAAGCGCGCCAGGCAGUCGUUGAAGAUGCCUGUGAUGCUGUAGCUCGGUUCCUAGCUCUCUUAGAGAAAGUUCUGCUUUGGGUAGAAACGCAGCGAGCGUUCCUAGCGCGGCCGCUGCCGUUGGCCGACUUGCAGGAGGCGCAGCAAAAACAGACUGAAUAUGGGAACGCACUCAAGAGUUGCAAGCAACAAGCUAAAAACUUAGCAGAUAUGACUAAGGAAUUAGAAGCAAUAGAACGCGUAACCAGUCCAGGAGACUUACCUUCUAGACUAGAGGCGGCCGAAAAUGCGACGGUCGAUGUAGAAAAACGUUUAGCGAAAACAAAUGGUUUACUUCAAGAGUUAGCCGAGGAGUGGGAGCGAUGCGAGAAGAAACUGAAAGACGUCGGACAUUGGCUCGAAGCAACGACGAAGACAAUAGAGGCGCCACAGAAUGCCAAGAAACCUCUACGCGACAGACUAGCCUUAAGAGAAAAGUUGAUUAAUGAUGUAUCGACCCAAAAGACUAAGAUUUCCUACGCGGUCGAGAAACUGAACGUACACUUCGGUCCGGACGGCGUGGCGGCACAGUCGUCGCCGGCUGGAGUGCAGGAGGCGGCGCACUCGCUGGUGAAGGCACUAGACGCGCUGGCAACGCAGACGAGUGCGCAGGCGACACAGCUGGGCGCGGCGCUUGCGCAACUCGAGGCCUACUGUGCGGACGUGGCACGUCUAAGGGCGCAGUUACUCCAGGCGGAACAACAGUUGCGUCACGCCGCAUUGCCUAACUACAGCCCCCGCGACCCCGAGCGAGCUGCUACGCAACAACAGGAGUGUCGAGAACGAGUCAAGUCACUGCAGAGUAAAAUACAGGCGCGGAACGAACGAAUUAAACUUUUGAUGCAACGCGGUGUCCCGGACUCCGAUCCCCCGCGGGACGUCUAGAUUAGCGCGCGUCUAGUUAGCUUUAAGUCGAUUGUCGAUCAUCUAUUCCUAUUAUAAUUUUUAUUAUCGUUUACGAAAUAUACGUAUUUGACACCGCAUA